AUACCUAUUAAAAUAAAAUUAUUUAUUCAUAUGAUUUUACAAUCAUUGUAUCUUAUUAUAGAAAAAAAAUUUAAAUUUUGAUCACAAAAGUUUAUGUGAGAUUUUUAACAGUUUUGGUAAUUUAUACUCGUUUUGAAAAAUUCAAAAUACAACAUAUAAAAAAUAAUCUAAACUUUUAUUAUAUGACUAAUGUAUUGUGUAAUUUAUUUUUAAUAAUAAAUAAUUAAACAAAAAUGAUAGAAAAUAUAUAAAUUGUUAGCAAAUCUUUAUUAUUUAAAAUCAUUAACUGUCACAUAUAUCUUAAUCACAUUAGAUAAUUUCGUAUGCUUUAUUUAAGAAAAUAAUAAUUUUAAUUUGAUAAAUGAAUGGUUCAUAAUAGACAUACUAUAUAAUAUAACAUUUUCUACCAAUUUAAUUUUGGACAAACAAAAUUCUCAAUUGAUUCUCAAGUUGUCACUUAAACAAAGUUAUCAUUACAAUUAUGUGACAACUCAUCAUAACAUUUUUUUAAUUAGUACAAACUACAUGUUAUAACUUUUUAAAUGUUUCUCUAUUAAUAUAUAAGAUAUUUAAAUAUAAUAAUAACAUUUUAGUAAAAUUGUCACAUUGGUUCCGCCUAGUUAAGAGUGUUUCCUCUCGAGUUUAUGCCUUUUCGGUUGCAAAACUUAGUUGAAAAAUAACUUAUAGAGUUAUAGAUUAAUCAGUUUAGUGUUUUAGUAUAAAAGGCAUACAUGGCUGAAGGUCGCGAGACCUCAUACACAAAAGAUAUCUAAGUUUUGCACCAACUCACACGGGAAACCUAAGUAGCCAAAAGACAGAAGUCCUUAAAAUUCUAUCACAAUGAACAAAGAAAGAAAAUCAAAAGUUUUGCUUCACAUGCUCUUAGAUUAAUGUUGGUGAAAGAGACCAUGAAAUGAUAACUCUUGUCUCCAUACUUUUAGUAUUGGAAGUACUUUUCUCUUUUCUUUACAUAUAUAUCCAUCUGCAUGUAUAUUGUUGAACGAGAGAAUCCUUUAGCUCUUUUUAAUGGAUACCACUCCACUAUCACAAUUGGUAGGAACAUAUCGUGCACUACAUCUAUAUUAUAAUAUUAGUGUGACCAUCGAUGAUAUUCAUGAUAAUCACUUAACAUGCCCAGGGACCCAACCAAAUAUGGAGAUAUUACUUUCCUUUCUUUAAUUCAACUUGCAGACUUGCAGUAAAAGUCAAUUAAUCAUUUUUCAUCAAAGUAUUCAUUAUAUAUUUUGGCCGAAGAAAUUAAAAUUGAGUUUUCACUCAACUGACCCCCUUAUACUCUUUUCGUCUGGUAAUAUUAAAAUUUCAUGAAGGAAUACAUUUGAUGGUUACAUAAACUGGCUGGCUGUUUCCAAGACAAAAAAGGAUAUGAAUAUUGUAGAAAUAUGAAAAUGCAUGCAUCGUAACCUUUUUAGUAUAAAGAAAACUGAUAAAAAAAUCCUUAGCUAUGCUUGAGGUUAUUAUAUAUUUUUCUUAAAGACUUUAAUUUGCUUAGGGUUUCUAGAAACUCGGCAAGAUCUGCAGACAGAAAUUGAUAAUCCGACCGUAGAUUGUAGAUCUUUGUACGACUAUUAUAUUAAAAAUUUAAAAUAUUGACGGUGGCUAUAGCAUAGGCUUAUAGCGAUGUUUAUAUCAAUUUUUUAAAUAUUGAGCUGUUUUUUUUUUUCCUUUUUCAAAACUGAGCUGUUCAGUUCUGUAAUAUUCACGUGAAAUUUGGAAACGAAGAUGUGAGUCCUUAUUUUUCCACGAGUAGUGAUAGGUUUAAUAAUUGAAAAAAGGAUUCCAUCAAACUUUUCUCAAUGUAUUGGUGGAAAAAGUUUGGUUACUUGCCUCUUUUGCUGACAAUGGAAUCCACUUCUCAUUGACUCCAUGCAUCUUUAGUUGUUUAUACACAUAUUCUUUCAUCUUCAUAUGCUUUCUCUGUACAAAAUUGAAAAAUAUGUUAUUAGAGGAAGCAUUCAUUCCCGCUCUUUUCGUUGGACUUCAUUUUUCUUGGAUAAAGACAAGAAACCGUAUUGUAUCCAAGAAAAAACGAAGAAGAAAACAAAAGACAUUUAAAGAGUUUAGACUAUAUUGUGAGUGAGUGAGACCAAUGUCAGUAAACUACGAUACUGGUCUUCCACCAAAUAGUUAAGGCAAAAGAGGUUAAUAUUAAAAUUUUGUAUAAAUACUAGUAUACUACUUUCAGCAAAACAAGGAAAAGGAAAAACUAUAUACAUAUAUAAUAUUUAAAAGAUACACCCACUAAAUUGAUUUUAAUCUCGAUCAUGUAAACAUGUAUAAGAAUGAUUUGCAAAAAAAUUGAACUAUAGUUAUAUAUUUAAAAUUUUAAGUAUUGGGAUAAAUAUUUAAAAUGAUUCUUUUGGUUGCAUUCUACUGUUCACAUACUAAGAAAAGUAUUCACCAAGUAUUUAAAAGAUCGUUAAUUUCAUGUGAAAAUAUUAGUAAUGGACGAAAACAUGGAGACCAACCUAAGGAACAAGGCCGAAUGGAUUCUUUCAUUGACAAACAAGUAAGGAAUCGUAUUGACUCUCUCAGAGGAGGGGGAAGUGGCAGGUACAACAGCUCUUUGAAGUUGUGGUUCGAUACCAUUUUUGGGGCUGUGGUUUGAUACCAGAUGAGUGAACACUUGAAUUUUUGAUUUAAGAUCAUUCUUUCAAUGUAUUUCAAUCCACUUUUACACACAGUUACAACCACCAUUGUACAUAAGGUUUUGAGUUGAAUAAAUUUAACAUUCAUUUAAAAAAACACUAGUUUCUCUUUAAAUAUGAGUCAACUAUAUUAUUUUGAAUUUGAGUUGUGUGAUUUUAUUUUCAUAUACAGUUAUACUACUGAUAAAACUCUAAACAAUUUUCUUAUAGUUUGCGCGGUAAAAUAUAAAGUGGAGUUAGUUGAGAUAAUGUUACACGAAAUGAUACAAUCAUGUGCUAUCAUUUUAUCUUUAUCUUUUUAGUUAUUUAACUAAUUAUUGAAAUCUUGAAAGAAAGCUACAUACCUGAAAAAGCUUGAUCUGCUUUAAACAGUCCAACAAGUUUUUACUUAUUUAUAUGUCCUUCCCUCCCUAAGUUAGACUCCAUUCUCUUUCUAUCUCUCUCUAACACAAUUUUAAAAGAGAAUCAAAAGCUCAGUUUAGUAGAAUUUAUGGAUAACCAGAGCAAUGCUCUUCUUGGCUGGCCUUACUAUUCUCAUGGAAAGACUAAAGAAGAAUUAAGACACUCUCUUCUGUGCACAACACUAGAUCUCGAACAAACAAAGAUGUUUGCUCAUGAGGAAAUAAGGAAAAGGGAUGAACAACUGAUCCAGCUCAAAGACAUCUUAACCAAAACCAUUAAAGAAAGAGACGAAGCUCUCCAGAAAUGCGAGCGUCUCAUGUCCGAUAACCUCACGUGUCCACAACACCAGCAGCAAAAUCAUAUGACUCCUCCUUUAUCAGGAGCUUCAAGCAUUGAAGAUGAAACAUUGCAUCCUCAACAACUUACAUCCAACAAGAGUUUCACAUCCUCAGAUUGUGAGGAGAGCUUUAUGUCACCAAAUGAUCAUGUCAUGAACCCACACUCAUCUCAGCUUGAAGAAGUAUCAGGAAAUGAGAUUAUGGAUCCAUUGUUUCCAGACAAGCCAUUGCCUGAAAAGGGUAAGCUCUUACAAGCUGUUAUGAAGGCAGGGCCAUUGCUUCAGACACUGCUCUUAGCCGGUCCAUUACCUCAAUGGCAACACCCACCACCGCUUCUCAAGACUUUCGAGAUCCCUCUAGUCACCAUCCAGUGCCCAAAUGUCAACAAUGGCUGUGGAAAAUUCAACAGAAAGAGAGUAUUAUUCUCGGAUGGGGCGUAUUCAAAAACUAAGUAUCAGAAAGUUCUUCUCCACUAACCAACACAGUUCUGGCUGCUGCUGAUCUUGAUUCUUACUCAAGUAGUACUAUUAGACAUCUAAUAUACCAUCACAUAGGUCAAUUUCAGGGUUUUAAUCUCACUUAGUGGGUCAAGUGAGUGUGGUCUUUGUAUAUUAGGGUUUUUGGUUAUGCUCCAUUGUGGGAGACAGAGUCUGAUCCAUUUAGGGUUUAGAUUUAGAGUGAUGAGAAAGAAAGACCACAAAAAAAAACUCCCCUGGUUUUAUUUAAUACUAUGUGAGAGUUUGCUAUUUUUAUUUAUUUCUAUAAGGAUGCUGGCUGUGGUUUUGUUUUUUUGAGUGUUGUAUCUCAAAUGCAUUUUCACACUCAUGUGUUGGCUCCAUGAUGUGUUGAACUAAGGUUUGUAUGUUUUCUUCUUUUUUAUGCUCAAGGUUUUUCCAUCUACCACCGGUUGGUGGAGAUGGAUAUUAUGUUGUAUCUAAAGCUCAAGACAUUAGCUUCACUGAUUUUUUCUCUCUUCUAAAUGUGAUGUUAUGUUUCUGGCUUCAUAAUGUAAUCAGUUUUCUCUAGUAAUAACUGAAAUUUAGUAAUUACUUAA